AUGAAUCUUUAUGAAAAUCUAAUAUCCUUCUUGAACUCUCUUAGCUUAGAUUCACGUAAAAAGAAUGCCGACUUGAAAAAGGAUGCUGAAUCAUCGAUUAAGCUCCUGGAGCAAAUUAAACAAGACUCUGAUUUAAAAUUGGCGCUAGUAUUAAAGCAAGACGCUUCAUUCUUUGGACCUUUUAUUUGUGCGCUUGACAGAAAGCUGGAUCGUUACAUUAUUCCUGGAUUAAACUCAAUUCAAUUACUAGCGAUUAAUAGUGCCUUACCUUCCUCUAUUCUUUCAGAAUUGUUACGUGUAUUAGAUGACACAUCGUCUUUAGGACAAGAUGUGCAAUUAAGAAUACUCCAGGUAAUUCCUAUUGUUUGCACAAAUUAUGCUGAGUAUAUGCAAUUACCGUUAUUGGUUUCUGCGCUUCAUACCUGCUUUGCUUUACAUAAUGAUAGGAACUUAAUAGUUUCUAAUGCUGCUUCUGCUACACUUCGUCAGGUUGUGAUAUUGGUUUUUGACCAUUUAAAUUAUGAAACCUCGGCACAGAGGGUUAAUAAAGAUCUAUUUUCUGGUUUGCUUACUAUCUUCUCUAAUCUCUGUGCUUUGAUUCGUUCUGGAAGCUCAGAUUUACUGAAAGUCAAUGGCAUAUCCGAUACUUUUGGUUUGGAGUUAAUUGAAAGUAUUCUAGUAAAUCACCAUCAUUUGUUUGAACGAUCUGAGUUUCAAGACUCAGUCCGGAAAGACCUACUUCCCAUUAUUACCGCCUCUCUCGCCUCCAUGUCUAACUUUUCCGUAGCUCUUCGUGUUGCUCGUAUUUUAUCCAUUCUUUUUCAGCAUCAUACAGCUUCCUUAAGCUUGGAUGUCGAAGUCAUUUUGACCUUUAUAAUAAGUUCUCUGGAGAACUCAGAGGCUCCGUGGAAAAAGGCUUUAUUCUUGGAAGUUUUACGCUGUCUGUUUAAUAAUUCUGAACUCAUAUUUAUUAUGUAUUCGUUAUUUGAUGGUGUUGAAGGAAGGAAACCAAUCAUCUCUAAAUUAAUUACUUCACUCAAUCGGAUUAUUAAUGAAAAGCCUUCGAUGAUAGGAGUAGGUUCUCGAGUACUACUGCCUGAUUUUACAGACGAUCAUUCUUCGGUUUUUUCAUCCACACUUGCAUUUGAAAUGGGGAAAAUAAUUGGUACAUUCACUGGUUCAAAACCAGAGCAAGUAAUAGGUAUUUGUCGUGCUACAAUCCUGAAAACUCCGUGCAUUGAGCAAUUUGACAAGCAAGAUCCGCCCAUCGUACCCGCUGCUUAUUUGGUUUAUCUGGCUAUGUGUUCUUUGGUAUCUCUUUGCAAAUUUACUGCAGAGUUUGUUAUGGAUUUUCACGAAAAUGCCUCAGACAAUGAACUCUCGGGUUUGCUUUCCUCUCUACAAUCUAAUGAAGAUAUGGAAUUGUAUCCGGAUAUAUAUCCAAAAUUGAAAUGCUAUUACGGCAUAAUUUCCCAGAAUUGGACUGCCUUUCUGGUUUCAUAUUCUACUUUCAUGUCCUGUGCAUUGAGCAUGGAGUUGCUAAAGUUUAGUGUCGAUUCUUAUGUGAAAUUUAUUUGUGUUUGUACGAUCUUCAGGUUGGAAACCCCUCGAGAUGCUUUGCUGACAACUCUCAGCAACAAAGCUGUACCUUCAAUUUUGUUGACUGGAAAUACGCCGAAUAGCAACUCGAAUACCGUCUCUAAUAACGGACGUUUGUCCACUUCGACUAUGUUUAGUGUCGAAGGAUUAAAGGAAGCAGCGACGACCAUAGCUGGAAUGGCAACUUACGAUAGUCAUGAUGAUAAACAUAAAUCAUUUUCUUUAAGAGAAAUUAUAUUUUUGCGAAGUUUGUCUUUCGUUGCUCAACAGGUUGGCGAACUAUUGGGUAAAGGAUGGAAAAUAUUGCUUGAAACGGUUGAUAAAGCAGAUAUUAUUUUAAACAGAUCUCCUUCAUCUAAACAUUUGUCGACCAGCAGCUUAGGUCGUCUAAACUCUUCGCAUUCGGUUGGGCAUGAGGGUAAAGUCAUGACUGGUCUAAUGGAUCAUGAAGUGAUAUCGUAUAGAAGCGAACUUUCCGAACUCAUGUUAUCUACUUCUAAAUAUAGUGACCCAUCUUUUUUGGAGUUCCUUGAAUCUCUACUGACAGUCCUCACGUCCUCGUGUAUAGAUCAAACGAAUAGUUUGACUGUACCGGUGCAGCCUGAAGAGAGGACUUCUAUAUCAUCUCGAGGAUCUUCAGCGAGGCUUUCAGCAAAUAGAUCUAUUUCGGGGGGGAUUCGCCUACUACGGAAAAACUCGGAAGUCUUUUAUUCAUUCACUAUUUUGGAAAUGAUAAGUUCCUGUAACUCAGGUCGUUUGAGCAAUACAAAGAAAGUAAACGAAAUAUGGCCUCUAAUCUCUUCUUCGUUAAACGAUAUUUUCAAAAAUUCAACGGUUCCCCCAGAACUUAGAACAAGAGCUGCCAAGUGUUUAGCUAAUAUAUUGGUAGAACUCUGUUCUUGCAUUUCAAGUGAAAAAACUGUAGACAACAGAAAAUUUCAGCAACAGUUUCUACAAUCAGUGAACUUGCUACAAUCGUCGGUUGAAAUUUCCGAUACUACAUCGAAAAACGUCGAAUAUGAUAUUUCUUCAAUUGGCCUCGAAGCUUUAGCGUUAAUUUUAGAAACGGUAGGACAUAAUUUGUUUGAAGGAUGGAUUUAUGUAUUUGAUAUGCUUCGAUUUAGUUGUGCCGAAUGCUCCGAUUUGUUUGGCCAGGACAAAGGGGCAAAGACCGUGAGAUUGGCUUUUUCCUGUUUACAGCUAAUAUGUACCGACUUUUUGGGCUCAUUGGACAUGGAUAACUAUCUUGAUUUGCUGGAUACGUUACUUGUGUUUUGUCGACAAGAAAAGGAUGCCAAUGUAUCACUCACUGCAGUCGGAUUGUUUUGGAUUGUUUCGGAUACAUUAAAAAGCAUGUUUAGUAAGUCCGACUGUUCUUGUACUUAUACUUCCUUGGAAGAAUUAUAUAUGUUCACCACCACGAAGAGAAGAGACAUUUUGCCAGAAGUAUUAUGGAUUAUGCUACUUGUGCAUCUAGCAGAUUUGUGUGAAAAUUCAUGGGCCAGUGUGAGAGAUGGUGCUGCUCAAAUACUAUUUCGAAUUUUCAAUUCUCAAUGCUCAAACCUGGGAAUCAAUGCAUGGGCUUCCUGCUGUCAACUUGUUAUUUUAAAGAUUCUUUCAUCACAAACAAAACUUGCAAAGGCAGCACUGAACAGUGAUGUUCAUAAUGAAGACGCUGAGCAAACGAGUGCUUUAAUAAUUAGCGGUAUAGCUAAUGUAUUUUCAGCAAACAUGGACAUGCUUUUAAAGGUGGAAGGAAUUUUGAAUGUUGUGAAAGAGACGUUCAAAUUUAUGCAAAACUUUCAUAACGGUAACUAUAAACGUAUUUGCAUGAGUAAUUUUAAAGCGUUGAGGGAGCUGGCCUUCCAUUCGUCUCAGUACAAACAAAAAUCAUUGAUCUUCAACGAAUUGGUCGAACUUGAAUUCGAAAAUUGGAUAUCUUUCUGUGAACUUUCUUUUGACGACCCUGUCAUAAGCGGUUUACCUCAGGAAGGUCUCAAAUUACUCGUUGAAUGUUUGUGUUAUUUAUUAAAAUCAUAUCGGUUUGAGGAAGAGAAGCUCUUUCCCGCGUCAACAAGGAUACGUAAAAUUAUAUUUUAUGAAGCAAGUCCAUCAUAUGCCUUGGACAUAGACUUCUUAUCUUCGUUACAGGAAGCGACAUUUGCAUUAUUAGAUUGCUUGAUUGAAGAAUACAAUCAGGAAGGUAUAGUCGUCGACAUUUGGGCUGACAUAUUAUAUUAUGCAUUUCAUGAAGACAAGUUAUCACCAAACUCGUUACCGACAUAUAUUUGCUUUUCGAAGAAAAUAUUAGAACGAGUGAAACAAAUUACUGCGGAGAAGAAUCUGCCUAUGCUUGUUUUAUCGCACUUUUUUGACUCGUUAUUAGUACCUAUGAAAUUAAAAUAUCGAUGUCCAAAGCCGAGCCGUAUCAUUGAGAACCAAGCACCUAUCUGGACAAUUGCGAGCUCAGUAUUUGUUGAUUUGAUUACAAACUGCUUUUUACGACUUGAAAGAAAAGAUGCGUUGGAAGAAAAUGAUCAAUUAAAGGUGUUAUUUGACUUUUGCGUGAAAGCUAUGCGAUCGGCUGUAUAUCCAGAUAUAAAUUACGAAUUUGUUUGGAGUCUUGAAAAGACUUUUGAAGAGCAAGACGUCAAUUGCAUAAAAGCGUUACAUUCUCUUUGGAAGCCAUAUCUGCAUUCAUCUUCGUUAUCGGCCCAGAUUCGGGAAUAUUUUACGGUGUUUUGUAAGGGAUCCGUUCAGUACCAAAUGCGGGAAACUGAACCUAUGGUGAUAUGUUCAAAUGAGGUUGAGGUACAAAAAGAAACAGGGUAUGCUUACUUUCCUUCGACGGAGACGCCUAUACCGAAUUGCCGUCCGCGGGUGGCAGAGCUUUGCUAUUCGAUUUUGUUGCAAGAAUGUCAGUCGUCCUUUGAACAAGUUAGAGAGGAGGUGAUGCUUAUGUUACAAAGUCGUAUAUGUUGGUCUUUGAAAAGGUACAUGGCAGAUCGAUUUGUAUCGGGUUUGCUUCCGUUGGCAGAUUGUCAAAAGGAGGAUAUGGAUAAAGUGACCGAAUGUGUUUCGUCGGAACCCAUCUUGUUUUCAAGCUCUGUUCGGUCCCUCUUGCGACGUGCUUAUUAUACUAUGAACGCACUUCCCGUAUCUAGUAAUAUGAAUUUAAAGAUUGGCGAAUUGACUUUAGGAAAAUAA